GUGCAGGAGAACAUCGAGCGGUUCUUCACGCGGUUCGUGGAGGAGGGCAAGGCCACCGUGCGCCUCCGGGAGCCCGCCGUGGACGUUUGCCUCAGCAAGGCUGAUGCCAGCAGUCUGAAGAGUUUCCUCUCAGCAGUGAGACUGGCUCACCAGGGUGCCGAGGCAGGAGCCCUCCCCCUCUCGGCACUGGUGCCGGCCAAGACCUCAGAGGUUGAAAAACCCAAGACAAAGAUGAUCAUCACUUCCAGGAGGGACUAUCCCCUCACCAAAAACUUCCCUCACUCCCUCGAGCACCUCCAAGCCUCCUACUGCAAACUGGCUCGGAUCGACACCCGCGUGCUGGGCUUGAGGAAGCUGAGGAAGCUCGACCUGAGCCACAAUCACAUCAAGCAGCUGCCAGCCACAAUUGGGGACCUGAUGUGUCUUCAGGAGCUGAAUCUGCACGACAAUCACCUGGAGUCCUUCAGCGGGGCUCUGUGCAGCUCCACCCUUCAGAAAUCCCUUCAGUUUCUGGACCUCAGCCAAAACAAAAUCAAAGCCCUCCCCAUUCAGUUCUGCCAGCUCCGAGAACUGGUUAAUUUGAAGCUGGAUGACAAUGAGCUGAUUAGGUUGCCCUUCAAGAUUGGGCAGUUACAUCAGCUACGCUUCCUGUCAGCAGCCCGAAACAAGCUUCCUUUCUUGCCCAGUGAUUUUAGGAAGCUCAGUCUUGAGAACUUGGAUCUCUUUGGAAAUCCUUUUGAACAGCCCAAUCCGCUCGUUCCCAACAUACAGCUGAAAAUACCACUGACUUUGUUAGAGUGUGCUGCAAGGGCAACCCUGAACUACAGGAUCCCCUACGGCUGUCACCUCCUUCCUUCUCACCUCUGUGAGGAUCUGGAGGUGGCCAAGACGUGCCAGUGCGGGAGCUCCUGCCUGAGCAGCUUCGUUCAGAUCCUGGUCACCAUGAACCUCCACCACGUCGCCCACACCGUGGUCCUGGUGGACAACAUGGGGGGCACGGAGGCACCCAUCAUCUCCUACUUCUGCUCCCUGGGCUGCUACUCCCAGUUCCUGGAUAGGUACCUGCAGGGUCACAGGUGA